AUAACAUGUACCAAUAUGUUCUUCUGGCUCUUCUCCAUAGAUGUGAAUGAGUGUGAGUUGCUGAGCGGUGUGUGUGGAGGGGCGCAGUGUGUGAACGUCGACGGUUCCUUCAUCUGCUCGUGUCCCAGUGGCCAGGACUACAACGUCAUGAUCGCCACGUGUGAGCCGGUUCCCACAGUGCCGUCAGUGGAGCGUAAAGAGUGCUACUAUCGUCUGAACGAUGAGAACCUGUGUGAGAGUGUGCUGAUCAGCCAUGUCACCCUGCAGGAGUGCUGCUGCACACUGGGAGCCGGAUGGGGCGACAACUGUGAGGUGCAUCCCUGUCCUGUCAACGGCACUGACCAGUUCAAUGAGAUGUGUCCAUCUGGAAGAGGUUUUCUUCCCAAUGGAGACCUACUGUACGGAGUACCCACGUCUGACAGCUACAAAGAUGCAGAUGAAUGCACGCUCUUUGGCCAGGAGGUGUGCAAAGGAGGCUUCUGCCUGGAUACCGUAGGCAGCUACGAAUGCUACUGCAAGACGGGCCACGACUACGACGCUGUCAAGCUGGAGUGCAGAGACAUCGAUGAGUGCGAGGACGAGUCGGUGUGUGCCGGGGGCCAGUGUCAUAACACCGACGGCUCCUACAUGUGCUUCUGCACACAUCCAAUGGUGUUGGACCCCAACUUUAACAGCUGCGUCUUCAUGACUGAGGUGGCCGGUCAACAUGAGUCGGAGCAGACAGACUACAUGGGUAUCUGCUGGCAGACGGUCACAGACUCCCUGACGUGCACGCGGCCGCUCGGCCCCGACAGGAAGACCACGUACACCGAGUGCUGCUGCCUGCACGGAGAGGCCUGGGGCAUGGACUGUGCCCUGUGUCCACCCAGAAACACCGAGGAUUAUGCGUCCAUGUGUAACCUUGGCGAGCGGCGGGCGUACGGUCACGACGCCCUCGUUGCCGGCCCGAGCCACGAAUACGAAGUGAGCCCGGACGACCGUCAGUCGGCCGAGCAGCGGGCCGUCCUGCCUUUCUACCAGAACGUGGAGCAUCCUCUCGAGGCCUUCGAGGGUUUGCGAGCGGAGGAGUGCGGCAUCCUGGACGGCUGCGAGAACGGCCGCUGCGUCCGCGUUCAGGAGGGUUACACCUGCGACUGCUUCGACGGCUACACCCUGGACCUGAACCGUAUGGCCUGCGUCGACGUGAACGAGUGCUCGGAGCUGAACAAUCGGAUGUCCUUGUGUAAGAAUGCAAAGUGCAUCAACGCGGCGGGCUCCUACCGGUGUGUGUGUCUGCCCGGCUUCACGGCCUCGGACAAACCCAACUACUGCGUGGCGGCGGCAACGCACCGAACGUGGGCGAGCACGGGCAGACACUAGGGGGCGCCGAGAGACCCUGAACGCCACGCGCACAAGCUCCUAUCGCGAUACUUGUGAGGACGUCCACCCGCACUCAGCCACCGCGACGCCAACUCAACACGACACUUAAAGUCGAACUCUCUGGUUUGGAUUAAAGUGUCCAGCCUCGUGAAUCACGUCACUGUUGCUCAUCAAAGGUGACCUUGAGGAUAGUUUGAUAUUUUUGGGGGGUAGUAUGACGAAAUCAGGGGGUUUAUGCCCAAAAUCUAAAUCACACAUACAUCUUAAAACGUGCCUUUGAAUUAAUCUAAUUUGUUAUUCUUAUUUUACUCCAUCAUUUAAAACUUAAUCCAGAUCUCCAGGACAUGUAUUUAUAUUCACUUCCUGCUCUACAGCACUAUGGGUUCAUUUGUCUCAGUGUUGUAUCUUAUUUUCCGUCAUUUUAGUGGAUUUUUUUUGUUUUGUUAUACCUGUCCUAUAUAUUAUAAAGUACUCCCAAUGUUAAGAGCGAUUUUUUUUUAAUAAGAAAAUAUAAUAGUAUAAUUCUUAAUGAACUGUCAGAGUAUGCUGUGGACAACUUGCGCCGCUCUCUUUGGUUAAAAACAAAGUUUAACAUUUAGUUUCAGAAUGUUGUGGUGGAUCGCCUGAUAUAUCAACACAAAAUGUUUAGCCAAAAGUAGGUGACAUGCCAGCAAGUCAAAAGGAAGUUUCGAGGGCAUUAAUAUUCAGAGAAUCAUGUCAAACGACAAAGACUAAAUGUUGAGUGAUUUUAGUCCACAGCCUCAUGGAGGUCACAGUAUUUAGCUAUGUUUACUUUAUUAGUUUUCACUUGUUUGAAUGCUGAUGGACUGUGGUGCUGUUUAUUUAGACAUUAACUAAAAGAAAUUGACCUGGUGACGGCGCUAAAGAAAAGGUCACGUCGGGGUCACCAAAGAGACGUCAGCCGACAUCCCUCCAGCGAGCUGAGCUUGAAAGAAAUCCCCGUGAAAGUCCUAGCAACAUAUUUAUAGUCACUUAUAAUCACUUUCUUCCUGAGCUCAACCUUUGAAGAGUCAUUUUAAGUUAUGUUUAAUACGGUUUUAUGCAUUUAAAGUGAUAAUUGUUCAAAUCAAGAUUUGCUUGAGAACCAUUAUCCUCAUCCUGCUACUUUUUAAAUGACUCAACGAGGUGCGGUUGGCUGGGACGCCUUCAAGAGCUUCACUUGUUUUAAUCCACGAGGGGACAUGUGUCCUUAAAGUAUAGAAACACAACAAACACACAUGCGUACUUAAUCAACGCCCAUAUAUCCUGCACUGUACAACACACACACACACACACACACUACAUGAAACAACCAGUCAUUUACUUGAGAUGAAGAUUCAACUCAAUCUGCUAAAAGAAAAGAAGAAAACACUCCAUGUUUUGUCUGUUGCAUUUCUAGGUGUGUGUGUUAUUUUGUUCUCCGGGGGCAUCAUGUGUGUGUGUGUGUGUGUGAGUGUGUGUUCGAGGCCGUUUUGCUCAUUUAACGUAUCGACAAACCCACGGACUUGUGCUGGGGGAUCCAGCUGUUUUUCUACCCAGUCACACUGACUGGAUAUUUAAUGAUGUAAAGAGGCCAACUGUCUGCCUCCUCUCUUCCGCCACUGCCACAGAAUCACCAAACACCUUGAAUAAGCACAUGUUGAUGUUCUAAACAAGAAUGUAAAGCUUGUUGAGCUUUCUGUUGGAUUUUUUUGUAAGAAUGGUCAAAUGCAAUCAUAAAACUACUUAUUUUCUGGGACAUAAUACAAAUGCCCUCGUGUCUCACAAAGAACUAGGAGACAUGAAGUGUCCUGGCUUUGCUUCCUUUUGUUCCUUCCUUUGACAUCGAUGUUGAGAUGACUGAAAUGCAUUUUUAUUUUUCGUAAUUGUGUUUAUCUGCGUGUUACUGCAUCUUGCCAGGUUGUGAAGCUGCUGUGGGCCAGCGAUGGGAGAGGAGGAACGUGUGUACAUUUAAACAAAAGGGGGGCAAGGCUGAUGUAUUUGUAAUUUGUACAUGAAUAAAUAGCUUUUUUUCCUAUGAAUUCAUACUAUAGUGUACAUUAAACCCCUUGGUAAUAAACCACACAUUGUGAUAUUUG